GACACCAAAUCUCACAAGCGUUUCAAUACGAGCGCCAAGACGGUUUCACUCUCCACCCAUCGACUUAUCCUCCACUAACUUUCCUUGCUCGCAUCCAUAACCGAAAAUCGUUGCCAAAGUGCAAUUGCGAACAAUGGGGUAUGGCAACAUAGCCUACAAGGCAGUUGCAAGGAUUCUUUGAAAGCUCUUUUCUUACUAUCAUUGAUCAUUGAUGUAUCAUUCGUAAAAACUUACACAUCACAUACUUACACAUAGUACUUACUGUUCGUUGCUGAAGUUGUUAAGCAAACAACUCCAUUUUUUUAUUUUUUAAUAGAACAGUUCAGGUUUCUUAUUUUUUACCGAUUUCUCGUACUGGUUUUGGUUCAUUCUGAUUGCUUUUAUUUGCCAUUUCAAUCUACUAUAAACCUGAUCCAGCAACGAUUUUUUUUUGGCUGGCCAAAUUCACGAAUAUAUCAUCUAGAUACUCUGUCAAAAUCGCAAACCCUCCAUAAACCACAAACCACAAACCACAAACCACAAACCGGCACACACAUCUCCUCCAUCCGCCAAAAUGCAAUACUCUGUCGUCGUCCUUUCGCUGUUCGCUGCCUUCUCUGCAGCUCAGAGCAGCAACAGCACUUCCCUCCCCGAUCUCGUUUCCCAGUUGCCACAAUGCGCCACAGGUUGUCUGGCGUCCGCUUCGUCGGACGCUAAGUGCAACACUGCCGACUUCGAAUGUCUUUGCGGUGAUGGACGAUCAACUUUUACCAGCAGCAUAUUCGGUUGUCUCCUGACAUCGACAUGCUCUCAAGAUGACAGAGAUAGCCUCAUUUCUCUUGCCCCUCAAAUCUGCAACGCUGUCUCCUCAAACCCGGACCCGUCGGCCGUUGCCUCGGCUUCCAAUCUUAUCACCUCUGCUGUCGGCACCGCAACCCCUACCUCGACACCUGACGCGGCUGCCAGACCAGAAAUUGGGUUCGGAUUACUUGGAGGAGCUGCUGCUUUAGCGGCUUUCGCGUUGUAAGACCUUUGCACUUCUGAGAACAAGUUUUAGGGGGCAUCACAUCCUAUAUUGGACGGGUUAGAGUUUCGAUCUUCACUAUGGCUCUUGGGAUUGGGACGGAUGGUUGCGGUUUAAAUCAUACAUGACCGCCUAGGUACAUACAUAUACAGUUUGGGUGGGUCGCAAUAUGCGAGGCUAGGGGCACCUUGGUAAAGGGGCAUACAUACUCGCGGCUUUUCCGGAUACUAGGGCUGAGGUUUACAACAUUAAAGUUUAUAAUCUCUGGGUCUGCCCUUCUACAAAUACAAGUGGAUUUCCGGCUAGCAUUGUUUGUAUCUUCUUCUUAUUUUGCUUUGAAUACUCUCCGGAUCCUUCUGUGCUUGCUUUUCUAUGUCGCUUUCUAUGUAAUAUUUCGAUUCUGGAGAAUCUAUACGUCAUUCCCCAUCUGAUCCACAUUGCCAUGUGGCCGAUAUAUACCAACUCCAAAAGUGCUAGAGUCAGGUACAAUACAACUGUAUGCAUGGAUGUAGGCC